AUGCCAGCUAGCCAUACCAUGGAAUAUGUGGAAACCAAUGCUCAAAGAAAUAAACGUCUCAACGAACGUGUAAAUCUGUGGUCCAAAAUUCUACACAAAACUUUUUUCAACUAUUACAUCCACUUACCAUUCUAUGUCAUCACGCAAGGAGACGCAUUUUUGUUGCACACUUUUUGUCUUACCAUAGUGAGUCUCGGUUUGUUCGGUAUUGUCAAAUACUGUCUACUGCUUUGA